GUUAUUUAAUUUUAGUUAUCAUUCGAUACCAUCUGAUUCUUCCAUGCACUCUGUACAAAAACAAAAAAUACAUAAUAUUCAAUAUUUUCACCUUUUCUCUAAAGUCAUUGCUAUGCAAGAUCUUACUCGGUAAAAAAACAUCCAAAAUAUUAUGGAUUAUAUUUUUUUCGCUCAAUGUUUUUCAAAAACAAUGCAUGAGAAAAUUGCAUCUCAACAAAAAGUGAAUGCAUUUCUCGAAUUUCAAGGCAACAUUUUUCAACCCUCGUUCAAAGGAAUACCUCCACACCACCCAUGAAUAUAGUGCGAAAUAAUCUGGCCGGAAACGAAGACUCAGAAAGAAGUUAUUGUAUGAAAGCUAAGCGCCUUCUGUACAAACGUGUUCACAUUCUUCAGUGGCUACCAAGGUACACAAGAAAUGACGUCUUGGCAGACUUCAUUUCCGGACUAACUGUGGGACUGACAAUGAUGCCGCAAUCGAUCGCUUAUGCUGGCCUAGCAGGAGUGGAUCCUCAGUACGGCCUUUAUACUGCUUUCAUCGGAUCUUUCACUUACAUAUUCUUCGGGACGAUUAGAGAGCAUCUACUACCGAGAAUCAAAACAAAAAACAAAGUCAUGCAGAAGAUUAUCAAGUUUAUGGUGAUGUCUAAAAACGCCAUUACUGUUCUUCUGGCAUCGCUAGUGGCUGCUUACUUGCAUUACAAUGGUGGUGCUCCUUUCAAACUAACAGGAAAAGUGCCGCAAGGUCUUCCUGAUUUCACCUUUCCAGCUCUGACAACCAAGUUCGGAAAUGAGACGGUGGGAUAUGAAGAGAUGGUGAGUUCGCUAUCGUCAGGUGUGAUAGUUGUACCAGUUGUCGCUGUUUUGGCAAAUGUGGCGAUAGCAAAAGCUUACAGUCAAGAUGUCGUUGUUGAUGCUUCUCAAGAGAUGAUAUCCUUGGGCCUUUGUAAUAUUUUUGGUUCCUUCGUACAAGCUCUGCCAAGUUGUGGUGCAUUCACUAGAUCUGCUGUUGCAAGUAGUAGUGACGUCAGAACACCUCUCCAAGGUCUAUAUUCAGGUAGGUUAUGUUACUUUUAA